AUGGACAGAGUCUACAAUUUCAUCAACUACUUCCACAAGGACGACACCAUAAAUAGAACGACCCUCGGAAUCGACAGAAUCCGAGGAGGUCCGUUUUUCCUUCGUUGGAGAGGUUCCGACUUGAUAGCGUUGGUGUUGCUUUUCGUGUUGUACCCUGUCGUGUACCGAAUUGAGCCCUUUCAAAGGCAAUUUUACGUUGACGAUUUGACCAUCUCCCACCCUUUUGCCGAACACGAAAGAGUCACUGCAGGUGAGCUUUUCUUCUACGCCUUGGUGGUGCCUGUGGCUGGUAUCGGUGUGGUUUCUGCAAUCAUCACCAAACCGCAGCACAAGGUGUACGUCACGUACGUGUCGCUUCUUGGCUUGUUGCUUUCUGUGUUCAGCGCCAGCAUCAUCACGGAUCUUUUGAAGAACGCCUUUGGCAGACACAGACCAGACUUCUUGGCUCGCUGUGUGCCUAAGCCUGACACUCCCAAGGGCGUUCUUGUCUUGGCCAAGGACGUGUGCACCACCGAGAACAUUGACCGUCUUUUGGACGGGUUCAGAACCACGCCUUCUGGCCACUCUAGUAUCUCGUUUGCGGGUCUUCUCUUCACCAGUCUUUGGCUUGCAGGCCAGCUUGCAGUGACAAGGCCGUACCUGGGCUUCUGGAGAUGGGCCAUCGUUGCCGUCCCCACCAUUGGAGCGCUGCUCAUUGCCUUGAGUAGAACGGAGGAUUACAGACACCACUUCAUCGACAUCACGGUGGGCCUGCUUCUUGGUAUUUUGAUCGCUGUGUGGCUGUACUUGCGUCUCUUCCCAGCCAUCAGUCACGAGAGGAGCUUCGAGCCUAGGGUGAUUGUCGAGGAGGAGGCCGAAGAGCACGGCUACAGCCCAGUUUAG